UAUGGAAAACGCAAAUCCAAGCAUGGAGUAUGCAACACCGGAUUUGCUGUGAUUCACAGCCAUCGAGAUAAGAUGUAAGAUAAGAUUGUUAGUCAUACAAAUACUUUUCACGCAGUACGAAAAGGUUUCCAUUAAUCCAACAUGAAACUCAUCGUGCUUAGUGCUUUUUGUGUGAUAGCUUUUACAACUUUUUCAGAAGUUGCAGGAUUCGACUCCGCGGAGAAGGAGGAUGUGAGCGAAAUCCAGAAUGGAACCUAUUCGUCUGGAGAACUGAAAGAUAUCGACUACGAUCUAGACACGACAAGAGGACCAGUCGACCCUUCGAACCCGCCUACCGCACCGACUCCAGCAGGACCAGAAACCUCAGAGGAAUUGAGUGGAGGAUUUUCUCACCUAAAUUUGACGAAGAACGAGAAAACCGUGACAGAUUUCCUCGGAUUCAGUAGCCUCUACUUUCUGGGUGUCUUCGCCAUAUACAUAUUGGGUGUCGUGGUCUUUGGCCUGGGGAAAAUGUGACCACACAUGCACUCUGCUCACACUCAACAAGGCACGCUACUAUGUACAAUAAGAGUAAACCUGAUCUACUCACAAUAAAUAAAAUUAUACAUAAAAAUAUACUGAUUUAAAUGAUCACUACAAAUAAAAAUACCGAUUCUGGCACUUUUGGUUCGAAGAUAAAUUAUGUCCAUUUCAGAAUAAAUGUACUUAUAUACAUUAAUGGUUUAAAAAAUUAAGUACUUUAAUAUUUGUUGCUAUGACAACAUUACACCUCAUUUAGCAGAGAUAUACUUCUAUAAAAAAAUGUUUUGAAAAUUGGAGCGGUUACCAUUUAUACUUAAUGACAAAUGCAUAAGAACAAAUGUAGUGUAAUUUCAAACGUUUUACAAAUACUAAAAUUUCUUAUGGAUUGUUUUUAUUCUUCAUUUUGAUAAUAACCAAUAUCAAUAUUUACCACAAAGAAAUUCACCAACAUCUAAAAACUAAUAAACCAGUAAAUCUUUUACACUGUUUCACCGAUAACAUUCUAUAUUUUAUUCUCAAAAUCAUUUCAAAUAUGGAUUAUGUUAUUCUAUAUAGAUAGUGCUAUCCGAAACUGUGUAAAAGGUGAAACAUUAUGAUACACAAAACAAAUAAACGGCGCUAAACAGUUUCUUUCCUAAUAAUAAUAAUUUUUAUCUGUGCUGAUGAAUAGCUGACGCUCUUAAUAUUAUCUUAAAUGAUAAAAGACCCCAUCCUGAAACUCUUGAAGGAAUUGAGCUAAUAUAAGAACUUGAGUACGAAAUAUUAAAAAGAGAACGAGAUUGCAAUUAGACGCCAGUCCAGUAUGGAGUCUGGGUGAUCUGAUAGAUGAAAAUACGAAAAAGAGAAGUUUCUAAAGAUGUAAAAAACUUUAGUUUUCCAUACUACUUAGACUUUUAUGAAACAUUAUUACUUAGCUAUUUUAAAUACUACAUCAUUUAUCAAUUUUGUUCUGUUAAACCAUGCACUGAAGUUUUAGAAAACGAUCGGACUAAAAGUUUGUUUUAUUAAUAUUCUCCCAUGUAACUGGAUCUAGAAAAAUGUAUUAAUUUGGAAACGCAUUGCAUUAUUUUAAUACAUUAAAUACCGAUGGUUAAAACAUGCAGUUUACAAUAUUUUCAUUCUUACAAAUGUUUUAUAUACACGUUGAGUUGUUAGGACUUACCCAAGAAAAUAAAUAAUUUUCGUUUGAUGUUUUUAAGUAAAGCAUGUGUUAAAAACCUUAUUUAUCAUGUUUUAGUAACUACUUACAAAUACACUAUCACUUAAAUAAAACACAUACAGAAAAAUUUAGAAUUUUAUUACAAACAUUUUUAAAAGGUUUUUUAUGUAUUUAACAAUUUCUUGACACGUGGAGAAAAUAUGACUCGAAUAUGGUUAUUUUAAUAGCAGAUGGAUGAGAAUCUGAGUUUUACACAUGGUUUGAUAAGGUUGCACGCAAAAUUUCAAAUCUACCUCAUUUUAUUCCCGUGAUGUCCUGCGGAUUAACAGACAGAAAGUUAUGCAACAAAAUUUACACGAAAUUGACUCAUCAUAGAACUCAUUCUAGUACGACGCUCAGCCAAAUUCCAUGGCUGAACAUGGACCAUUAAUUCAUUAUUGUUUAUGUAUAAAUUAAAUUUCUUGAAAAUUUUAGUUUACAUAGGAAAUCACAUAUUUUUCAGUGUUUAAAUAAUAACAAUCUACCGCUAAGUCACUGUAAGAUGGUGUUGCACGUGUUGGUAUUGUUAGGCUACACGUGUUGGUAUUGUUAGGCUACACGUGUUGGUAUUGUUAGGCUACACGUGUUGGUAUUGUUAGGCUACACGUGUUGGUAUUGUUAGGCUACACGUGUUGGUAUUGUUAGGCUACACGUGUUGGUAUUGUUAGGCUACACGUGUUGGUAUUGUUAGGCUACACGUGUUGGUAUUGUUAGGCUACACGUGUUGGUAUUGUUAGGCUACACGUGUUGGUAUUGUUAGGCUACACGUGUUGGUAUUGUUAGGCUACACGUGUUGGUUUUGUUAGGCUACACGUGUUGGUAUUGUUAGGCUACACGUGUUGGUAUUGUUAGGCUACACAUGUUGGUAUUGUUAGGCUACAUGUGUUAGUAUCGUUAGGCUACAUGUGUUGAGUGUAAUGCAUCGUAAAUAAAUCUAGUAUGAGUGUACUAAGUUUGUUUACGAAUUUACUUAUUCUCCUAUUUUUUCGGUGAUAUCAGAGACAGUUAGACGCUAACACGAAGCCAAAUCUCAUGGAGUGACAUACACCAUCACCGAACUCAUUCUUCCUUGUAUACAGUGAAGCUUAAUGCGAAUUUUAUGGCCAUAGUCAGUUUAUUUUGGAGAUAUCGUCCGGAGCUGAAUAACAAUUCUUCCACCCCACAAGUGAGACAGGCAGAGCUUUAGCGAAGUCAAAUGUAAAAAGUACAACGUCAUAAUCUCUACAACCCCUAUUUUAAAGGUACUCUGUGGCGUUGAGGUAAACUUCAGAACAGUAACUCAGGAUUUUUACUCCAAGGAGCGAUUAGAAAAAAGGCUAGUGCUUUCAUGAUAUUACCAUAGGAAUGAAUUGCUCCA